UUUGUCUGGGAGGGGCUGCAAGUAAUAAAAAAGUCUAGUUUGAGACUACAUUAUUCAUUAUCUGCCUUAUUAAAUGGACAUUGGGAAUUAAUUUUUAUCCUGCACCAUAUCAACCACAGACCACCAUGGAAAAAGUACGUAGCAACAUGACAGAGUUUUGGAAGGAGCACUCGAAGGCUGCCACUGUGGAGGAGAUGAUGCUGGAUACUCGUGCCAAAGAGCUGACUGAGCAUGAGCUGCCCGAAAUCCUCUCCAUGCUGCCUCCCCUGGAUGGAUGCAGGGUCCUGGAGCUGGGAGCAGGAAUUGGCCGCUACACCAGUCACCUGCUGACCAAAGCGACCCACGUGACCGCAGUGGACUUCAUGCAAAGCUUUGUGGAGAAGAACAGGGAGACCAACGGUCACCAUAGCAACGUCACCUUUAUCCAAGCUGAUGUCACAAAGCUGGACAUCCCCCAGCACAGUGUCAACUUUAUCUUCUCAAACUGGCUGCUGAUGUAUCUAAGUGAUGAGGAGCUAAAAUCCUUCAUGGAGAAAAUGCUGAACUGGCUGCAGCCUGGUGGCUUUCUCUUCUUCAGAGAGUCAUGCAAUCACCGUUCAGGUGACUGCAAGAGAGAUUUCAACCCCACCUGUUACCGCACUGAAGCACAGUACACUCACCUAGCCACCUCAGUACAAGUGGAAGCACCAGAGGGGGACCAAAACUUUGGUUUCGACAUUGUCUUUAAAAGGAGAGUUCGGACUUAUAUUGAGAUGAAAAACAAUCCAAACCAGAUGUGCUGGCUGCUGCAGAAGCUCCCCCGCUCCUCAAACGCCCAGAGCGGCUACGGCACAUUCCAGCAGUUCCUGGACAACCAACAGUACACUAGAAGAGGCAUCCUGCGCUAUGAAAAGAUGUUUGGGUCUGGUUAUGUUAGCACAGGUGGACCCAGCACUACAAAGGAGUUUGUGGACCUACUGAACCUUAAGCCUGGACAGAAGGUUCUGGAUGUUGGCUGUGGGAUUGGUGGAGGAGACUUUUAUAUGGCAAAGAUGUUUGGGGUGGAAGUGCUUGGCUUGGAUCUGUCAGACAACAUGGUAGACAUUGCCUUAGAGAGAGCAAAAACAGAAAAACUGCAAACAGUGCAGUUUGAGGUGGCAGAUGCCACCAAGAGGACAUUUCCUGAAGGUUCCUUUGAUGUGAUCUACAGCAGAGACACAAUUUUGCACAUAGAUGACAAACUUGCCCUUUUCAAGCGCUUCCACUCCUGGUUGAAGCCAGGCGGUCAGCUGCUAAUUAGUGACUACUGCUGUGGGGAGAAACCAUGGACUCCAGUGUUUGAAGCUUAUGUCAAACAGAGAGGUUACAUCCUCUACACGCCGUCAGAGUACGGCAAGUUCAUUCAGGAGGCUGGUUUCUGCAAUGUUCAGGUCCAGGACAGAACCUCCCAGUUCAUCCAAGUGAUCCAGACUGAGCUGCAGAGAGCAGAGAAUAUAAAGGAGGAAUUUAUUCAGGAGUUUUCUGAGGAGGACUACUUUGCAAUAGUUAAUGGAUGGAGGGAAAAGCUGGAACGCUCUAAAAGUGGAGAUCAGCGAUGGGGACUCUUCCAUGCUACAAGGAACUGAAUGAAUUCACAAGAAUUGGAAUUAAAAUUUAAAGGAGAAUAAUUAUAGCUCUUUUUUAUAUGAAAGACCCCAACAACUAUGUUUUUAAUUUUUAAAAUAUCUCUAAAGUGUCAGAGAUAAUUUUGAAUAUGAUAUGAUGACAAAAAAUAAAGAAACCUGUUUUAGAUCUAA